CAAAGAAGUCACAGAGAAGAGGAGAAGAAGAGAGUGAAAGCUGCUUCAGAGAAUCAUCCAUCUCCAUCUUCCUUCCAUAGUCUUCCUCCUGCUCGAACUCCUCGUUGCUCUUCGUUCUCGGAAAAUCUCCAGUCUCUAAUUUAAUUGCUUCUAUAAAAACCCUAGUUAAUUCAACCUUGUCUGAGGUUUAGAGAUUGUCGGAGACGGCGGAGGAUCUCCGCCGUGUAAAUUAAUUAGCUUGUGUAGGUCAUCUCUUAGUUCACCAUGAGUCCAAUUCAGAAUUUCGAGCAACACUCCCGUCGUCUCGUGGAUCCUGACCUACCCAUCCAAACAAGGCUAGAGAUGGUGGUGGAGGUCAGGGACAGUUUAGAGAUAGCUCAUACAGCUGAGUACUUAAACUUCUUGAAAUGCUACUUCCCUGCCUUCUCAGCCAUCCUUCUUGAUAUCACAAAACCUCAGCUCAUUGACAACCCUGAGCACAAGCUACGCAACAUCGUCGUCGAGAUUCUUAACCGUCUUCCCCACAGUGAGGUUCUUCGUCCCUUUGUUCAAGACCUCUUGAAAGUCGCAAUGCAGGUGCUCACCACUGAUAACGAGGAGAACGGGUUGAUUUGCAUCCGCAUUAUCUUCGACCUUCUUAGGAACUUUAGGCCAACGCUAGAGAACGAGGUUCAGCCUUUCCUGGACUUUGUCUGCAAGAUCUACCAGGUUUUCAGAUUCACUGUUAGUCAUUUCUUUGAUAACGUUAAGAUGGAAGAGGUGAAACCUGUGGAGACGUCUACUUCUUCUGAUCAGUCCCUUACCCCUAUUGCGCCUGUUGGGAAUGGGCAGCUUAACCCGAGUACACGGUCGUUCAAGAUUAUCACUGAGAGCCCUCUUGUUGUUAUGUUCCUUUUCCAGCUCUAUAGCAGACUUGUUCAGACCAAUAUUCCUCAUUUGCUUCCCUUGAUGGUUGCUGCUAUAUCCGUCCCUGGACCUGAGAAUGUUCCUUCUCAUUUGAAGCCUCAGUUCAUAGAGUUGAAGGGUGCACAGGUUAAGACGGUUUCCUUUUUGACAUAUUUGUUAAAAAGUUGCGCUGAGUAUAUCCGCCCCCAUGAAGAAAGCAUAUGUAAGAGCAUUGUAAAUUUGCUUGUGACCUGUUCAGAUUCUGCAUCUAUCAGAAAGGAACUUUUAGUCUCAUUAAAGCAUGUACUUGGGACGGAUUUUAAGAGAGGUCUAUUUCCUCUUAUCGACACUCUUUUAGAUGAGAGGGUUCUUGUUGGAACUGGGCGAGCUUGUUUUGAGUCUUUAAGGCCUUUGGCUUACAGCCUACUCGCGGAAAUCGUUCAUCACGUUCGCGGAGAUCUGUCUCUUUCUCAGUUAUCGCGGAUUAUUUACCUAUUUUCAAGAAACAUGCACGACUCUACCCUCUCUCUUAGUAUCCAUACCACAUGUGCCCGGCUGAUGCUAAAUCUGGUAGAACCAAUAUUCGAGAAAGGUGUUGAUCAGCAGUCAAUGGAUGAAGCACGGAUUUUACUGGGACGUAUCCUGGAUGCCUUUGUUGGGAAAUUCAGUACCUUCAAGCGAACUAUUCCUCAGGUAAUCCUAUUCUUGAGCUAA